CUACAAUGUAGCAGAAGAAGAAAGAGGAAGCGAGGGAAGCAGGAAGUAGGGCUGCAGAGGGAAGUCUGCUGUUCUUCAUCUUCACGGUUUUCCUCGUCGGGUCCAGAAUGUCUAAAAACACGGUGUCCGACCGCUUCAGGAAGGUAGACGUAGAUGAAUACGACGAGAACAAGUUCGUGGACGAGGAGGACGGAGGAGAGAACCAGGGAGGUCCGGACGAAGCGGAGGUGGACGGUUUGCUCCGACAGGGGAACAUGAACGGAGCUCUGCAGGCCGUCCUGAAGAACCCUCCAAUCAACACCAAGAACCAGAACGCCAAGGAUCGAGCGGAGCUUCUGGUGGUCAAAGUGCUGAGCAGCUUUAAGAGCAGCGACAUUGAGAAAGCCGUGGGCUCGCUGGACAAAGCAGGAGUGGACCUGCUGAUGAAAUACAUCUACAGAGGCUUCGAGAAGCCGUCCGACAACAGCAGCGCCGUCCUGCUGCAGUGGCACGAAAAGGCUCUGGCGGUGGGAGGAGUCGGUUCUAUCGUCAGAGUUCUGACAGCCAGGAAGACGGUGUGAAGCUCCAGAACCUGCAGAGUCUGUUGGUGGACUUUUAUUUUGUACCGGAGCCGAGCGUCUUCCUGCUGCACCUUUUCCCUCCUCUUUGUGUUUUUUUCUCCCUCUGCAUUCUGUCCUUUAACUUGUGGGAUGUAGGAGAUGCUGGCACCUCCUUCUGCCUCCGCUGGCCGAAGCAGAAACACAAAGCAGCUCCUUCAAACUGCUGCUCUGCUCCUCCUCCUCCUCCUGCUUCUCCUUCCUCCUCCUCUCUGGAGCCUUUGACUCAUCCAGGCUGAGGAAAUGAAACGAUGGAUGGACCGUCACUGACUGCUGGUUUUUCCCGGUGCAUGCUGGGAGUGGAUUCAUUUUGACCCAAACCGUUCUAACUUUCUGAACAUGUUUGUUCAUUGACUCUUUUUUUCUACUUACACCAACACCAUGCUGUUUUGUUGAGCCUGAUUUUCAGGUUUUACCGCUUAUAUUGAUUCUUUUGAUAUCUGGAAGCAGAAGAAUAAAGAUCUGAAGCUGAA